AUGAAGUUCGAGAUAUCAUUAGAACAGCUGUGCUUGCUCUCCGCUCUUCUUCCUCUUGUUGAGGCUGUGCCUACUGGCAGGAGCAGCAAUCCUUCACUGAGAGGAAGUGAGGCUUUGGUUGGAUACUCGCCAACGGAAAAUGUUGCCACCGGAUCGAAGCCUGACAUCAAAUACAGCUUGUUGCCAGGACAGAAAGAAAAUCCUGAUCUUGGUGCUUACCUCGAUUUUGAGAAUGUCGAGAAUCCUCAACCAAUCCGAGGCUCCACCGGUAGUGACGAUCCAGGUCCUCGAAACUAUUACUAUGACCGGAUUAAUAGUGACAAGCUCGCCCCUCCUGGCACUGAUAAUGGUCAAACCAUCAAUGCACAACUUGGAAUCGACAAUGCUGGCUGGGCUCGCCAAGAAAACACGGUUGUGAUGCCAGAUGCCACCCAGAUGGCUGGUGUCGACAUGCGGCUUGAGCCUGCUGCGUACCGUGAACUUCAUUGGCAUGUUGCGGCUGAAUGGUCGCUCGUCUUGAACGGAUCAUGCAGAAUCCAGGUAUAUUCAUCAUUUACUUGCGCCAAUUGUCUAUGUUGUACUCACGAAUCUCGUCAGGCUGUGAAUGAGAACGGCGAAACCUUUAUUGAUGACCUUUCAGCUGGAGACGUUUGGUUCUUCCCACCUGGUAUUCCCCAUUCCAUUCAAGCUCUGGAUGACGGCGUUGAAUUCCUUUUGGUCUUUGACCAGGGUGAUUUCAGCGAAGAUAACACGUUCCUCGCUACAGAGGUCUUCCUCCACACCCCCAAAGAAGUCCUAGCCAAGGACCUGGGGACUACUGUAGCAGCAUUCGACGAUAUUCCCGAUGAUGAGCUUUACAUCUUUGCCGGCACAGCCGCCCCCAAGGACAUCGAGAAACAGAAUGUGACUACAGCGUCUGGAUUCAUCCCCGCACCGAGAGCUACUCGUAUCAUUUCUCUGAGCAAGAUGCGCACGAAGUCGCUGAUUGUCGACCCAUUGACAUUCCCGGUUGCCAGCAACUUCUCUGCAGCCAUCGUCACCGUGCACCCUGGUGGUAUGCGUGAGAUUCACUGGCAUCCGACUAGUGAUGAGUGGACUUUCUUCAUUCAGGGACAAGGCCGUGCAACUUUGUUCACCGCUCCAAAUGCGGCGACUACCUUUGAUUACCGUGCUGGCGAUAUAGGAUAUUUCCCCAAGUCUAACAGCCACUACAUUGAGAAUACUGGUGAGGAGGAUCUGAUAUUUGUCGAAGUACUUCAGGCCAGCCAGUUCACUGACAUGGCCCUUGGACAAUGGAUCGCCUCUACCCCUCGCCAGAUCGUGAAGGAUACUUUGAAACUUAGUGAUUCUACUCUCGCCUCACUCAAGACGGAGAAGCAAUAUGUUGUCGCUGGCUCUAAUAGUACCGCAUAG